AUGGGUGGGGAAAUCUUUGGCCCGUUGAUCACCGUCGGCGCCUCAUUGAUCGCGUUUUUCGUUUGCUAUGGAAUUGCAGUCGGAAAAGAUCAUGUUGAUGCCUGGUUGCCUUAUAUAAGUGAUUGCGGAAAUUUGCCUCCAGAAAGUUGCAUUUUUACAAUGCUUUGCGCAAUUGCUUCGUUUGCUUGGAUUUACACAGUUUAUUCCCUGCAUUUACAAGUGAUUCAUCGAUGUGGAAAAAAUGGCGCACUGCGAACAUUUGCUUAUUUCGUUUUCUUUCUGGGAUUUUUGUCGGCCAUUGGGUAUUUGAUGGUCGCUAGUUUUCAGGAAGGUCACGUUCUGGACGCUCAUAACACCGGUGCUUUCAUGUUCUUUUUCGGAUUCGUCGCCUACUGUUUUGGUUACUAUUUGAUCUGUUUCUAUGUGAAUCCACAAAUUGUCUCAAUGCCAAUAACAGUCACCCGAGUGCUUUUCAAUUUGAUCGUGCUAGCAGUUUUAAUCUUUCAUAUGAUCUGCUUAUUCGGGAGUCCAUUUGUGAAAGACGUGAACGGGUUGAAGCCAGAUCAGCCCGAUUUCUCGAAUGGAAUCGAACGUUACAAUGAGGACAGUCCGUUCUACAACAAUCACAUUGCAACGACACUUUCCGAAUGGGUACUUGCAAUGUUAAUGCUAUUAGAAAUCCUAUCUUUUUCUAUCGAUUUAUGGGAUUCUGAUAGUUAUUCACAGAAGCCAAUUCGAGAUGAUGGCUCGGAAAUCUUGGGGUUUUCGGAGACAACUCGGCCAGGAUCAGGCCCAAUUAUGGCAGUAUACGAUAAUCAAGGAAUAAACGAUAGAGAGAUGCAAGACGCUAGAGCUAGGCCAGCUUAUGGUUACGAGACAGAUAACGUUUAUCGACGGGGUUUGCCAAGAGUAUCAAUGAAUACAGUUGAUCGAUCUGAAGCCUAUCGAGAUCCGUAUAUGAGCCGGGAUCGUGAUAAUAACUCGUAUCAUGAACAGUUU